AUGGUUGCGGCAAAGAAGACGAAGAAGUCACAUGAAGGAAUCAACAGCAGAUUAGCUCUUGUCAUGAAGAGUGGCAAGUACACUCUCGGCUACAAAUCUGUUCUCAAAUCCCUUCGCAGCUCCAAAGGUAAGUUGAUUUUGAUCUCUAGCAAUUGCCCACCGUUGAGGAGAUCAGAGAUUGAGUACUACGCUAUGCUUGCUAAAGUUGGUGUUCAUCAUUACAAUGGCAACAAUGUUGAUUUGGGUACUGCUUGUGGAAAGUACUUCCGUGUUUCUUGCCUCAGUAUUGUUGAUCCUGGUGAUUCCGACAUCAUCAAGUCACUUCCUGGAGACCAGUGA